AUGGACAUGGAUGAGUUAGCGGGUCAAGCUGACGAUUUGGAGGGUGCACUUACUGACGACUUUGUCCAAUUACCGCCUUUGUCAACCAGGGGAACAGACUCUGAACCCGACUUGACCUUGAGUAACGAGGGAUUAGAGGGGGAAGAGAGUGGAAGUGAUGGUGAGUACAAACCUGCACAUGAAGAAGGGGGCACGAAGGACGCAGGGCGAAAGGAGUCCAAGUUCGCGGAGGUGGAAGAAGAUGAAGACGAGGGCAAACUCUUUCAAGAGUUCCUCGCUCUGCGUAGGAAAGGGGAGAAGAAGAAGAAGGCUGCUGUAAAGAAACCUGAACGGGGCGCUCUUCGUGCACAAAUCAAACAGCUGAGGGACGAGCCCACCCCUGCCCCGCUAAGUGCAAAACGGAAGACUCUGGCCAUCGACGUUGAUGAAAGUCCAAAAAAAGGGAAGCGCUCAAAGCCCGCAGAGAUGGGCGGCCUCAAGUCUAACUGGAAGAAACUCGUCAGCGUUGAUAAGCGUCCCCCGCUGCCCAACAAACGUGAAUCUUCACCCGACGUAACUGAAGAUUUGGACAACGAACUCAAGGGUGAGUUUGCGCAGGACGAGACCGACACUAACCUCGCAUCUGCUCGCAAAUCGAAGACCAUGGAGGCUGCUGUGAAGAAAACUCUCUCAAUGGGGACUGCUAAGAUGGGGAUCACCCUGCAAGCCAAGGUGGAGCCCAUGGACACUUCACUUCCAGUCAAAAGUGAAAAACAACUAAAAUCGACUUAUGUGAACGGCGACCUUCCCUUCGAAAACCAUCGCCGUGACCUCAAGGACUGGCAGCACAAGUUCAUCCCCGGGUUGUGCGACUGGGCAGGGACCAUCGAUCAACCCUUCACGGCCAAUGCUCACCCUGAUUUCGCUAACGUUGUCGGAAGACUUUGGGCUAGCUACUUUCCCACUACAGGGGUGGCUACUGAUGCUGUCCAUUUUAUGGUGCACUUUUCUACUCUCGCGACCUUCAACUUCAUUGCUGACUUCUUUUGUAUACAUCUUAAUCAGGUGUGGUCCGCACUGAAGAAUUGGAGGAGCGAUAUUGGCAAGCGUGUGCUUGCAUACCUCAAGAACCUUUUCACAAAUAAGCCGUUCAACAACGAUGCAGUCAAAAUUCAAGAAUACGUGGCCGCUAAUCUACUCAAAGUAACCUUUAUAUACCAUGAUCAAAAGACGCGUUCGCUUCCCAUCUUCGAUAUGUCAUGCAGAUCGCCUCAACCCAUGGAGAUCAAACGGGUGGAACGCGGCUUGACACUGUGGAAGAACGGAAAGGAACCAUCAGCCACUGAUGCCACCAAGAAGAAUUUCGUCGUCAACCCCUGGGCUGAACACGCAUUCGGAUAUCUUCCGAAGAUCAAGGAGCUGUCAGCGAAGAAGUGGGAAGCAAUUGUUCGACUGGCCGCCCCCUUCAUCAAGAGCCCAGACCUCAUCGAUCUUACAGAGGAGAGCCUCGUCAAGAAUGACAUGCGGGCGGAUAUUCAGCUCUCCCCUGAUGAAGAUUCAGAGGAUGAUUGA